AUGUACUUACUCGCCCUACUCUUCUCCAUCGUUCAUGCGACGACCGCCGCUGCCGCACUCGUGCGGUGCGGCUCACACCUCUCCACAGAUGAGGUCCUAGCCGCCGAGGCGCACUUCGAAGCCCACAAAGUACGCGCCCUCGCAGACCACCAAGCAGGCUUCACCAGCUACAACGUCGAAGUCCACUUCCACGUCAUCAACUCCGGCGAGUCUCCCGCCGAAGGCAACGUCCCGUACGACAACUAUAACCAUCUCAAACUCCCUUCAACCACACCUGACCAUGACACCUUUGCCAGGGACGCGCAAAUCGAAGACCAAAUCGCCGUCCUGAACGAAGGGUUCGCAGAUACCGGGUUAACAUUCACACUAGUCAACACCACGAGGACUCUCAACCUCCACUGGUUCGCAAACGCCAAUGCGCGGAAUAGCGUCGACGCUGAGAUGAAGCGCGCGCUUCGAGUCGGGGGUCCCGAGACGCUCAACAUCUUCACGGUGGGGUUUACCUCCGAAGAUAACGCCGGUACCAUCGGAUAUGGGACUUAUCCCACUGGUUACGCGAACAAUCCCUCCGUCGAUGGUAUUGUGCUCUUGUUCUCCUCCUUGCCGGGUGGCACGGCUGCCCCGUACGACGAGGGAAAGACCGCGAUUCACGAAGUAGGACACUGGGUUGGGCUGUACCACACGUUCCAAAACGCAUGUCGGCCCAUUGGGGACUUUGUUGACGACACACCGUCAGAGGCAUGGGAGGCGACGGGGUGCCCGAUAGGCCGCGACAGUUGCCCUGAAGAUCCUGGUUUGGACCCAAUCCACAACUACAUGGAUUACACCGACGAUGCGUGCGUGACUCACUUCACCCCUGGUCAAGUCGAGCGUCUCCGAAUGCAGCUCGCGACAUACCGCGGUAUCACCUUGUGA